AUGUCGUCGCCCCCAGACCCUCAUAGCCUUGCUCUCUUCUCCCUCCAGCCUUUGAACGAACAAGCCAAGAAAGUCGUCAGCCAUCCUUGGAACCAACACUUAACGUCGAAGUUGAGCGAUGGCACAGUUGUCCUUGAUAUUGGCUUCCAUAUACAGUCACGGUCCCGUCAAACGAUUGCAACACUAGGACGUGGUGGAGAUGCGGACAUCUUUGUAGAGGGUGCCACCAUCUCCAAGACCCAGUGCUCUUUUGAAAUCGAGCCGACCACCAAUGUCAUCAUGCUCUACGACAGGUCCCAUCGUGGGACAACGCAGGUUUCCGGUGCCAAUGCUAUCCCAUUCGAGCAUGGGCGCCUUCGUCAAAUAGUCGUUCAGCAUCGGCUGAACGAUGUUCUGGGGAUGGGCGGCAGAACGAAAGAUGCCGUUCAAUUCAAGUUGAUAUGGAAGAAAAAUUAUCAACAAGUGACCGAGAUAAUAAGGAAUCGAGAGAGUAUCAUAAGUGACUGCGUGGAAAAUCCCCGCUUAGCUCGGACGACCGAUGAUUCAGAAACGGUUCUACCGUCGCAAAUGCAGACCAGAAUCCACACUGCGGGGCCUCGACAACUGGAAAUAAGAUACAUAAAGGUUGACCAACUUGGAUCUGGACAUUUCGGAGUUGUACACAAGGUCAUCAAUGUCGAUACGGGGGAGUUUCUUGCUGUCAAGAUAUUCCAAAAACCCGAACAAGCUUCGAAGGAGGUAGAGUGGAGGGAGUCAUUGUAUUAUGCGUUGAAGCGCGAGGUCGAGACUCUGUCCAAGAUUAGCCACCCACAUAUCAUCGAUCUUAUUGGCUCACAAGGCUGGGACGGACCGGCGGCGGAGAUAUUCAUGGGCCUCAAGGACGGCACACUUGACUCAUUGGUCGAAAGUGGUAUUCCGUGGUUAAAAGAGGUCACGGGAUGUGCCUUCCACCAAAUGCUUCAGGCGUUAGAUUGUCUGGCUGUGAAUGGCAUUGUUCAUCGAGACGUGAAGCCAGAAAACAUUCUUUAUACUGCGCUACCGGGUGCGCGAUAUCACUUUCAGCUCGGCGAUUUCGGUCUGUGCAAUCGCACUGUUGAUGCCCAUAGUUCUGUUGGAACCCCAUUGUACGCGGCCCCUGAGGUUCAUAAUCAUGGAGUCCAGACACACAAGAUGGAUAUCUGGUCCCUUUUUGUAACAAUCGCAUGGGCACUGGAUUUCCAUGGAUUCCGCCAGAACGUAUCCCAUUUCAAGACUCUCCAGCAGGCUCAACAAGCCCUCUUGAGCAUCAGCUCAAAGAUUGGAGAGAUUCAGGAAAUGGCGAGAGUCGACCCGGAUGAGCGUGCCUCCGCGGCACAGAUGCUGGUCAAGUGCUUCGAUGGAAAAGGCCUUUCAACUAAACGCAAUCGAGUUCCACCGCUCAGUCCAACGAAGCCAGAAACCAGACCCGAGCCCGAGUUACGCUCGGUGCCCAUGGCUACGGACAACUAUCGACUAGCCCAGGAUAUGCGAAGGGCUCCACAACAGCCCACAAAUCUGACCCGUGUCCGUCAGCCGAGUAAUCCGCAGGGUCGGGUAUUGGGGCCAGGCAAUAUAGAUCGUCUUUCCACGAAGAAGCAUGGGAUUCUCUCCAAUAUUGUUGAAUCCCCUAGCUUUGGACAUGGUUUUCGUGUGCGGCGACCAUAA